UUAUAAUCAUAUAUGGUGAUACGCUUGCUUCUUUAAAGUUUAAACCAUGGUUGUUGCAUACUGUUUACCUAUAUGACGUGUACAUAGUACAUUUUACCUAUCGAACAAUAUUAUUAUUUUAAUUUUACCCUCACGUAGUCUACGUGUAGGCUAUAGACCAAAAUGGCUGCAAGUCUUUUCAACUUUUCAACGUACAGCCGAUUUAAUUUAUCAGAAACUGAAUCAGAUAUCCAAGUAUUCGUCAGAGAAUAUGGCUAUCGUAUAAAAAAGCAACUGGCCCGGGAAGAGGAAGGUGGUAGAUCAAAUUUCGUCUCCUUCGCCGAAAAGAGACUGAGUAUAACGGAUUUAACAUGGCUUCACGACAAUCAAGAAAGAUUUUUCAAAGAUACCCCCAACGAGAACUUAUUGAGUUUGAACUAUUUGUCUCAGAUAGGAUUUAUUUGUUCCAUGAUUUAUUCUACUGAUGGGAAGUUUUUGAUUGUCGGUCAUUCAACAGGAUUGAUUCAGAUGCGUCACGGAAGCACAGGAGUAGUUCUUUGCACGUUACGAAAUAUCCAGUUUCCGCCCAAACCUGUGUACGCCUUGCAGUACAGUAGGCUGGAAGAACGAGUAUGCUAUGCCGCCUGCAAUGAUGGAGCCGUGUAUCGAAUUGAAAUACCUAAUAUGGAUUCUUCAUUGGACGAUCCUCCAGAGUACUGCAUUAAAGCAGACCCAGCGUUGGAAUGUCUUAACACACAGUACUACGGAAGCCCUGGCAUUUCUUCCUACGCUACGCCAUUUAUCACUCAAAGGUCAGCUGCUCUUGCCCUGGGAUUAAUGGCUGACCAGUCGAAAAUGGCUGUCGGCUACUCUGAUACUUCCAUUAAGGUGUACGAUAUGGAGACUGUAGAGACAAUCACAAUGUACAAGGUACAGAAGGUCCGUCUACAGCUCAUACCGAAGAAACUGCAAAGAAUGCAUUCUGGGCAGGUGUGCGCGCUACGGUGCCAUGAUCAGAAUACCAACCUUUUCGCCAGCGGUGCAUGGGAUAAAACUUUAAGGAUCUGGGACGUAAGAUGCAAAGUCGGAUGUGUGAUGACUUUUGAAGGCGUUAAUAUCUGUGCUGACAGUAUCGAUUUAAACAGAGAUCACUGCAUUGUGGGUAGCUGGCAACCGACUGAAGCCUUCACAGUAUGGGAUUUAGUUGCCAAGAAAAAGCUACACACCGUCAGGGUGCAGAACAGACGGCCAGACGUCGACGGCGAAUAUAUUUACGCUUGUCGAUAUUGGAGAUCUAAAGAGUUCAAUCGCAAAGGCAAGUACGGCAUAAUCGGCGGAAGCGGUACCAAUUGCGUUGAAAUCAUCAACCUUCACAACCGAUAUAUCGCCUGCUCAUAUCCAGCGCCAGGAACAGUUCUGGCUAUCACCAGCCACAAUGAUAAAAUCGCCUUUGGUGGCACCGCGCCUGUUUUGAACAUUGUCAGUUUUCAUGACCCCAAACACGAGGAGUGCAAAGUGGAAUCUGAAACGGAGUAUGAUUAUACGGUCAAAGAUCCGACGUGGGACGAUAAAAGUAUGACAGAAGCCCUGGAAUCUACUUCGCAGGCUAAGUCAACGAUAAGUAAUAUCACACGUUCUCUUGAUCGAGGUGCUAUCUCUACCAUAAAUCAACAAGCGACACCACCUCCUAGCUGCUAAAAGCAUAAAGUUAUAGAAGUAAUUAAUAUUAUUUAUUUUCUUGUUCCUUUUAAAAAUUAAAAUGUAAAAAUAA